GCCUAGCCCGCCCUCUUCCGCUGGCGCUGUGGGAAUGGAAACAUCUGCCCCACGUGCCGGAAACUUGCUAACCACGACAACAGCGCGGUACUCCGUGUCCUGCCGCGCCGAUCCUCUGCGAGCGGCCUCGCGAGAAGUGCUCGCCGAAAUGGCUGCGUCCAGUCAAGGUAGCUUUGAAGGAAAUUUUGAGUCACUGGACCUUGCAGAAUUUGCUAAAAAGCAACCAUGGUGGCGCAAAUUGUUCGGGCAGGAAUCUGGGCCUUCAGCUGAAAAGUAUAGUGUGGCAACCCAGCUAUUAAUUGGAGGUGUCACUGGAUGGUGCACUGGUUUCAUCUUCCAGAAAGUUGGAAAAUUGGCUGCAACAGCUGUGGGAGGUGGAUUUUUUCUUCUUCAGCUUGCAAACCAUACUGGGUACAUUAAAGUUGAUUGGCAGCGAGUAGAAAAGGACAUGAAAAAAGCCAAAGAACAGCUGAAGAUUCGUAAAAGCAACCAGAUACCAACUGAGGUCAAGAGUAAAGCUGAGGAGGUUGUGUCAUUUGUGAAGAAGAAUGUUCUAGUGACUGGAGGAUUUUUUGGAGGCUUUCUGCUUGGCAUGGCAUCCUAAGAAGGACAACUUCACUUCCAUUGUUCUGAUUUUUUCCAGUCAGCAGCCUCUACACUCCGUCAUAGGACAUCAAGUCUCUCCUCUUCUCCCAUUGCCUUCCUCCCUGUUGUGGCAAAUCUAAAUGGCUUCUAUAGGCAUCUGUUGGUACAAGUUAAUACAGGUCCUGCCUGCUGUGAGCUUGAUGGUGAUGGAAGAGACAUUAGACAUUAGCUCUCCUCCCAGUACACUCCCCACUUGGUCAAUCUGUAGGUCAGCAGAAAUAUCCUUUUCCUCAUAAAAUACUUACCAGAACACACUGCAAGAUCAUUCACCAUGAAUGGAUCCUCAAAGGUUGUCCCACACUUGAUUUGGAAAAGGAGCAGAUAGUUACCUUAUGUGCUGCAUGGGAAGAACUGAAUACAUUUGCCUUUAAGCAUGAAAGAUUUUGGUAUCUUGGUGUGUAUUUUCUUUCUACUUGGAGGGUUUUAGAUUAUGGAAGGAGAAGCUAUUUAAACCUGUUAUAAUUAUCCUGACAAAAAAUGACAGUCUAAAAAUGAUAACGGACAAAAAUCUGAAUAUGAAAUGAACAUAUGCUAAAGGUAUAUGCUGUGCUGAAUAUAUUAUAUUUGGUAGGAAGGUCUUUAGGGAAACCAACUGCUAGAAAUACAUUGUUGGAUGGGCAGAGAAAUCACAUAGGAACAUUAAGAUACUGUUCAGGAAUGUUUUCCACCAUAUCACAUAAUGCAUCACAUGGCUGUUUUCAAAGGUUUUAUUUAUGGCAAAACAAAUAAUUUAGGUGGGAGAGGGAAGAAGCUCUUGGAUUUUUACUUCAUAGAAAAGGCUUUGUGCUUUGAAAUGUGAAGUAUUCAUGUGUCACAGCAUCAGGGGCAGCCAUAGCUCCUUUGUGCCAAUUCUAUUUCUUUAUCCAGUUAGUAUGAAAUACAACAGUUUAAACCACAAUUUUAAAGAAACAGUAUUCCAGACACUCAGAAUUAAGAAAGAUAAUGAUAGCACAUGUGAAAUAAUGUGUCAUCAAGUGAAAUCUGCAUCACUUGAUGACCGCCCCACUCUGAGAAUUAUUCUUUAAAAAUUUACACACGCUUAACACAUUUUGUUCUAACUCCAACUAGAAUAUCAACUUUGGAGGGCCAGGCUUCUGUUGUCUUCAUCUUUAUGUUGCAGGGCCUAGCACUUAAGUUCUGAGUAUUUGCUGAAUAUAUGAAUAGUCACCUUGCAGAACAAAAACUUACCAUUAAAGGUUAGUUUUACUCAGAGGUAAACCUUAAAACUUGCAGCCAAUCCCAUGUUAAAUAUGUUUCUAAGAUCAUACUUUAAAAAUGUUUGUCUUUUAAACUAUCUUGAGAAUGAUGCAUUAAAUCUGAAAAUUGAAACUA